AGUGUGCGAAAAAGAACGCCAAGUUUUUGACGUAUUGAAUACAACUACAAGUACAUGUAGACACAGAACCCGUUGUGCACCAAUUUUACCGUACUCAAUCUAGACUCUGCAAGUCUGUUCGAAAAUUGUCUCAGGAAGCGGAGAGCGUAUUUUUGGUGACCAAAGAAGGAUAUGAACAGGGGCGUAGCUAGCCGCCAGGAAGCAAAAAGAUGAGUUCCACCGAUCUGAUCAGGAAAAUUUGGACAAAACCAUACUCGAAAGAACACAUUAAGAUGUAGGAGAGGAUAUACAUAACAAAAUUGUACAACAGGGAACGUGUGGUAUCGCACAACGAAAGAUAGGCAAGAGAACAACUCCGAAAUUGUGGCCAUACUAGCAGCGCUCCGAACAGAAAGAAAAAAAUUAUUGAACAUGAUAUUCGAAAUGCACAUUUAGGAAUACAGAGUAAUCAACGUGACAUUAAAUCUCCAUCUGAUCGACAAUUGAGGCAGUUUGAAUGUGAACGCGACACGCAAUACGAUGAGAGUAAACAUAGAACGGGUGAAGAAGACAAUACUGACACCAACGGAUGCCUUGAUCAACCUUUGUACGGGAAUAUUCAAAAUCCUCAGGGAUCCACCGCAGUCCUUCAUGAUCUACCUAAGUUUUCUGAAAAUUCUGAGGAAUGCCCGCUGUUCAAAAGAAGUUUUGAUGACUCAACAUCUCUUUUUCAGCACAAUAACUUGCAGAAUCUGAUGCGUUUACGAAAAUGCUUGGUUGGGGAAGCCAAAGAAACAGCGGCAUCCCUACUUGUAUAUCCCGAUAUAUUCCGAAGGACGAAAAGAAGUAGUGAACCAAGUAUAUGGCCUAAGGACCCCAAGAUGGGCAGCAAAAAGUCCAAAGUGGACGGCAGCACCGCCAAUGUGAUUAACACCGUAGAGAUCGUUGACCACAAGAACGAUAUUCAAGAUGUCAACAAGACCAUGAAGGUCAUCGUUGGACUACUUUUAAUUCUAGUGAUCCUUGGGGUGGUUAAGAUGUACAAGCGCUCUGUUCAGAGACGCCGCGACCAACAUCACGCCCUGGAGAAAGUGGUGACCCACAUCGGAGCAUAAGCCGAGCAGAUGCAGUGAAGUGAAGCAUCAAAAAGACAAUAAAAGGCGAAUAAAUUGCACUCCAAAAUUAUAAACAAAAAGUGA